AUGAAUUUCAAACCAGUUCUUCAAUUCAGCUGGUCAGCUUUUGAACAAUACCCACAAUUGGUUUAUCAACUUUCAUCAGUUCCCUUUGCCAUGUUAUUUUAUGGCCUGGCAAAACGAGAAUGUCUUACCUUGAUCCACAGGUACAUCUACCUUACAUUUGGAGGAUGUAUCCUUGCUGCUGUCACCAUGGGUCCAUACUGUUGGUUGGUGUUUGUUGCUGCUGUUGCCUCUGUGCUGCUAGUUCACUCAUUGUGUCCAUUGCACAUUCACCCUUGGAUGUUUGGAGUCCAAAUGUGCUGGCAGACCUUCUGGCACCUCCUUAUCCAGUACAAUGAGUACUGGCUUCAGAAGUCCACAGACAAUAGACUCCUGCUAGCAGUGUCAUCCCUGAUGCUGCUCACCCAGAGGAUGACAUCUUUGUCGAUGGAUAUCAAAGAGGGUAACCUGACACCACCGCCCUCAGGAACAUCGGUGUGGAGCAGUACCACAUUAAUGCUCCCUUACCUCAGCUAUACCCUCUACUUCCCUGCUCUUCUUGGUGGACCGCUUUGUUCUUUCCAAAAGUUUGUGUCCUUUGUAGAGCAGAGCAGUAUCACCCCACCUCCACAUCCUUUGCAUGCUGUUUGCUGUAAGGUGUUAUUUGUUUUAGCAUUGGAAUAUGCCAAAUAUCUCCUUGCAGGGUUAAUAAAAUCCUACUGUGUGAGUCACCUCAGUGCCCUGGGGGGCAUCCUGUGGGUGUGGGGCCUUUCUCUGGUGCUCAGAAUGAGCUAUUACUCCCACUGGGCUCUGAGUGAGUCACUGAACAAUGCAGCUGGGCUGGGAUUCACAGGUUACAGCAGCCAGGGCACCCCUCUGUGGGAUGGUGUGUCUGAUGGUGACCCCUGGACCAUAGAGAUGUCCAGUCGGCCGUCUGUGUUUGCUCGUCGGUGGAAUGGGACAACAGCCUUAUGGCUACGAAGGCUAGUUUUUCAAAACUGCAAAAUUGCGCCACUAGCACUCACUUUUGGCUUCUCUGCCUGGUGGCAUGGGCUGCACCCAGGUCAGAUUCUGGGGUUCCUGAGCUGGGCUGCCACUGUCCAGGCUGACUACUUCAUUCAUCAGCACCUGUGCCCUCUACUGGACACUCAAGGGAAGCAGGUGGUGUACACAUGUCUGAGUUGGGCACAAACUCAGCUGGUUAUAGCAUGUGUCGUAGUUGCUGUGGAGCUCCGGAGUGCCUCUGCUUUGUGGCUCUUCUGUAAGACCUACAUUGCUUUUUUUCCUCUUCUGUAUAUUGUACUGCUUUUUUUUAUAACACGAAGAAGCUAA